UACGAUAUCCGAAGAAGCUGCCAACAAGCUACAAAAUAAAAGAUAACUUUAAUGAUGUGUUUGUGUUUGUGUUUGUAAAAGCGCAAUUUAUUUGCAAAUAAAAUAGAAAUUAAUGUGUUGCAGACAUUACGUGUAGCCUACGAAGCGCAUUAGAGCACAAGAAAGCGGCAUGAGUUGGUUCGAAAAAGCCAGAACUGUUCUAAUUGAGGCGCUCGAUAUUCAGGAUGAUGACAACAAGACAACCGACAACGUUGGCAGCGGCUCCUCUGUCACAGCGAGCAGCAGCGCAGCGUCGACGCCUGGAGGCAAAGCAACAACGACAGCGACAACGACAUUGCCAACGACAGCGUCAGCGUUGGCGUCGUCGUCAGCCGCGAUGGCAACGUCAGCUAUAGAGGAAGCCACCUUUUAUGAUAAUCCACAUGCCAAUGAGAUGGUUACCAUUCCACCACGAGCAAGCGACGCCUCAACGCCAGCUACAACAGCUAAUCUCUAUGCGAAGCGACAGUCGGCCACAUCGGAUUCCGUUGAUCUGCUAUCAUCACCGUCACCCACAUCACCCACAUCUCAAAGUGCCGCCAGCUGCAUGCGCAAUUCCGAAUCUUCGUUGGAGCUAAUAACAGCGCCUACAACGGCCAGUGAACUGGAAAUGGAAUUGUCACCGGAUACGGAGCCAUCGUUGCCGGAUAGCAUUGUCAUCAUAGCCAGCAAUGAAACGUCCGACAAUGCGGAUGGCGAUGAUGACGAGGCAGAUGAUGCCGAUGAUGAUGAUGAUGAUGGUCAUGCGCUUCAUUUGGAUCAGGAUGAUCAUUCUCUGCACUUAAAUGAUUCAACCAAAACCAUGAAGGCUUUGGUGUUCAGCGAUACACAAGCCGCUGUAAGUGUGUCAAAUGCUGGCGCUGAUUCGGAUUCAACGCAAAGCUUUGAGGACAUUCAGCUCCAGUUGAGUCACAAGAGCAAGUCGGGCAACGACGGCAGUCCUGGAGGAUCAGAGGCGUGUCAACAUGGCAGCAAGACGGAGAUGGUGGAUCAGAGCUACUCGUCGACGUCAUCAGACAUUGAGAUCAUAUCGAAUCCGAAUGGAGACUCCAGCACAAAUAGCACCACAACGCGCACAAGUCCGCAAAAGUUCAAGGAGCUGUGCGGUGCUAUGAAGGGGAAUCAACAUGGUCUUCAUGGCCUUAAGAACAAGGGACAUCAUCGUGAGCCAUCGGAAAUAUCGUUGCUGUCGGAGGACUCGCAAUCGGAGCUGGACAAGCUGGUGAAUCGCAUUAGCGAGCUCAAUCAGGUGAUUGAGGCGCGUGAACAGCGAUUGCUACAGUCGGAGCGACAAAAUGCCGAGCUGCUCGAGCGGAAUCAGCAGCUUUGUGCCCAAGUUGAGGCGGCAAAGAACAGUGCCAACAGCUCGGAGGCCAAUGAGGCAGUGCAGCGACUGUCGGCGCUGGAGAAGAAGUUUCAGGGUAGCAUACGGGAACGGGAUGCGUUGCGCAUUCAAAUCAAGAGCCUUAAGGAUGAGCUGCUCAAUAAGAUACCCAAGGAUGAGCUGACCGAAUGCAAUGAAAUGAUCACCGCUCUGCAGUCCGAGGGAGAGAAACUAUCCAAGGAGAUACUGCAACAGUCGAACAUCAUCAAGAAGUUGCGCGCCAAAGAGAAAACUUCGGAUACGCUGCUGAAGAAGAAUGGAGAGCAAAUCUCGUUGCUCUCCAGCGAAUCGGAACGAUUGAAGAAGUCCCUCGCCGCCAAAGAGGAAAUGGAGCGUACACAAAUCGAGGCCGUCAAUCGAAUGACCAACGAGAAGCGACGCGUCGACGAGGAGAAUGCUGAAAUUCGCAGUCGCAACGAAGAUUUGCAGUCCAAGCUGGCGGCAUUGCAGACCAGCUUCGAUGGCAUCAAAGGAGAUCUGCAGCAGCGUCAGCGACACGAGCAACAUCAAAUCCAGGCCGAGAAUCAGGAGUAUGUGCAGCAGUUGAGUGAUAUGCGCGAAAAGCUGCGCAUCACCGAGCACAACAUGGCCAAGCGGGAGCAACAACUGCGUGAGGAGAAUCGCGAACUCUUGCGACGCCUCGAGGCGGCCGAAACCCGUGCCGAGUGCAGCACCCAGGAGCUGAGUGUGUCCACAACGCCGCUUAUCCGACAAAUCGAAUCGCUGCAAAAGACGCUGAAUCAACGCAGCGCCAGCUGGAGCAAGGAUGAGCAGCAGUUGCUGCAGAAGCUCGAGGAUUCCCAGUCACAGCUGCAUUCGCUGCAACAGCUCGAAUCGGUGCAGAACGAGAAACAGGAACUCUUGCGCACCCGCUGCGAUCUGCUCGAGGAGAAGCUGUCCAAUGCACUGGUGCAGUCAGAGAGUGCCAAGAUUACGCUGCGUCAGCAGGAACUGGACGCCAGUCUCAAGGAGAAUGAUUACAAGAGUCAACUUGUCACGCUGCAGGAGCAGCUGAAACAGCGCCAGGACAAGCUGGAUGCCUUGACGGAGCAGUGCCAGCAGCUGGAAACGGAUUUGCGCAAGCAGCGUUCAUUUCAGCGCACCAGUGAACUGACCGUGGAGGCGGUCAAGGCCAGCAGCGAGCUGUCGGAGAGUCGCUGCCAGAAGGCGUUGCAUGCGUCGCCACCGCUGAGUCUUGUGGACGACAGCGGCUCCGCCGAGGAUGCACUUGGUGGCAUCAUUGACUGGCAAGGCGAUGAUAUGGAGUGUGUGUCCAACAGUGGACGUCAACAGUCGGGCAUUAUACAGGGCGUGCAUCUGAGCUUUAUGGCUGGGAAUACCACAACGCUGGAGCAUCUGCAGGCGCUGCUCAAGCAGCGGGAUGGCGAACUGACGCAUCUACAGUGGGAGCUGUCGCGUCUGCAGGCGGAACGCAGCGUCCUGGACAGCGAGAUAUCCAAUUUAACCAUGGAACUGGAGACAUUGAAGGAGAAAGUGCAAGCGUUCGAGAGCAUGGAGAAAUGUUACGAGGAUCUGCAGCAUCGCUACGAUGCAUUGCUGCAAAUGUACGGCGAAAAGGUGGAACGCACUGAGGAGCUGGAACUGGAUCUGGUUGAGCUGAAGCAGGCGUAUAAGCUGCAAAUCGAUGAGCUGCUUGCGGCGCCGCCACCAAAUCUACAGCGGACACCGAAGCACAUAUGAUUGCCGUCGCUGCCUUGCCUAAGACGUACCUAACAGCCGGCCAAAAAGUUGGCUCCGGCUCCAAUUCUGAUUCCGAUUCCACUUCCUACUCCAACUCCAACAGAGCUUGACUAAAGCGGUUUUCUUCCCCAUUCCUUUGCUUAUUCGUGUACAAGUUGAAAAAGAUCACAGUGUCAUCCUUUUCCUUGUCUUUUAAUCUGUCUCCCGCCACCAAAUGAAUUAUCCAUGUAUCCAUAUAAUCGUCAUUUAACUAACAUACAAGUAAAUAUUAUUUGCGUGUUGAAAUUUCUAGUUAUAUUAUGAAUAUUGAUCGAUUGUGAUAAUUUUAUUUAUAUACUUAUAAAUUAAAAGAAAGAAAAUAUAUAAACAACAACCAUAUAUAAUUGAUAUUGAUAUUGUAAAAGGUACAAGGUCAAAAUAUUGGAUGUAGUCAACAAAUAAUGCACGAUAUUAUUAUAAAUAAAUCUUAUAUAGUUU